AUGUUGGAUAGCCCUUCCAACACAGGAAGUGCUCGAGGUGCGCAGCUAAAAUUUUCUCGAAAUUUUGGCUUUUGUGUUACACUGGUAAACACUAGAGAUUGUUUAUUCAAAAACUAGUUUUAAUUUUACCUACAGCGACAAAUCUGAUACCGUGGCAAAAAACGUACCAUUUUGCUUCCGGGAAGUAUCAAAAAAUGUAGCAAAAUGCCUCCCACUCCAACUAAAAAAACUCCGUUUUGAAGGGCUUCCUCACAAAAAGAGCUGGCGGGCUUUUGAAAUCUGAGUUUUUUCACGUGGAGAGGGACGUAUUUUGCCACACUUUUGAUACUUCCUGGAUGCAAAAUGGCACGUUUUCUUGCCACUGGAUCAAGUCCACCACUGUAAGUCUUAAUUUUACCUACUUUUGUCAAAAUCUGCGUCACGCUCGAGCACUUACUCUACCGAACAAAAUUUCAUGACAAUCCAAAAGGUUUCCAAAUCCAUUUCCUUAAAUUAUAGAAGACACCGAGUCCGUGAGUUCAGACUCCGUGAAAGACCGAAUCGCCCGGUUUGAAUCGCUCAAAGAGACCGCCAAAUUCCCCAUUCAUCGAACGGUAGAGUCGGAAUUGAUUGAAGAAGAGGCCCGCGAGCAUUCUGGCCAAAGGAAAGAAGAAGAGCAUGUUUCUCAGCGCCCAACCGAGCUGUCGAUUCAGCGAACGGCCGAAGGAAAAGAAACCGAAGCGGAGCGGUUGAAUGAGACCCCAAUGGAGUCGCCGUCAACGCCUCAGGUCGUUACGGAGCAGCGCGAGCAAAUCGGGAGAGCGUUGACGGUGGAGAGCCCACCGAAGUCGGAUACACAAGGUUUGUCGGGAAAAGAAAUAUGAAAAAAAAGAAACAUGAAGAAAGGUUGGCUAUUAAAAGGUUACCAAGCAAGUCAUGAAAAGCUAAUUUAGUUCUUGCCUUAUAUACUAACACAAGGGCAAUCUAGCACUAAUAUUCACCGACUAAGUUAUUGCUUUACCUCCACUAAUAAUAGAACAUCUUACGACAUCAUCACAGAAAUUGUUAAAAAUACAGUGUAGAUGUUGAGGAAAAGGAGUGCCGUUCGACACCAUAGGGGCAACCACUUUGCGAACAGCCGACAUCAAUCAAUUAGAGUUGCAAUUUUCCUACCGUAAUCUACGUAGAAACUUUGCAUUGACAAACCCUGGUACUGAUAAAUACGCAAAUAUGAAAAAUUCAUUUGAAUCUAUCUACCGCUUCUAAAGUUAUGGGAGUUUCUUUUUGUCAAAAUGCUUUCUGAACUUCUAAAAAUACCUGGCUAAAACCUUAUCAAAACUAAGUCAUUUUUGCAGCCGGAGGUUUAAAUCACAACAUCUAACUGCCAAAUCCAGGGUUAAAAUUUCCUGUUGUAAGCAAAUGUUGGCUGAUCCAAACAUGCGUCCAGAUCUCUGCGGUUAUUCUAGCUGCCCACAAAUUGGUUGCCCGUAUGUGCCGACCGUCAAAGGAGUGGGUCCCACGUAGUUGAUUUUACGCAAAAUUUUGACCAUUGAAGUUGCUGGGAAUAAAAAGAAGUCCCAAGAAGCGGUUUUAGGCCAAAAUUAAGCCCCAUUUACAUAACGAAAACUCUCUAUAAAAGGUUUAGUCACAUGCCACUAUAUGCACGGAAGCUAAAAUAAAAUCCUCACGACGGCGUUUUCGAAACCUCCGGAAAUUGAAUAAGCCAUCAGUUUGUUUUCGGCAUGCCUCAGAAAACGAAGCGUGAUAAAAAACCUAGUGGUUUAUGGGUAAACAAGAGAGCCUAGCGGUGUGGAACUAACCUGAUAUCUUUCGUAUGAAAACAGAUUCGUUUGGAAAGAAGUGUACGAAUCUUGGUACGAAACUUUUCCAAGAUCAUGGCUAUUACAUUUAGAGCUCUUCAAAUUAAUCUAUCUUCAUAAUUUUUACUAAAAUUUUCAUUUCAGAGCUUGCAGAGCCCUCUCCAGCCACCACCGAAGAGCCUCAAGUCAGUGUCCACAAGCUGGUCCAGAAAUUCAGUCAGCCCUCCGAGGGCACCACUGACACUUCCUCGGCGGCUCAAUUCCCCGAACAUCACGUUGUCGCCGGCGACGGCGUGUCGCGCGUUGAUAGCCGCGAGCAAAUCAUUGUUCGGGAAGAGGUGGAGGUCGAGCCAAGCGCAUCAACAAUCCCGGAAACGGAGCAACACAAAGAUCUCGAGGACAUUGCUCAAACAGUCCAUAAGCUCUCAGUAGAACAGCAUGAAUCCGUUCAGGUGCAGCCCGGCUUCGGCGAUGACAUUGUGAAUGUCUCGGUUCAGGAGAAAAUACGAAGAUUAGAGCCAGCGACAAGCCUAGAGAGCGAACAUGACGAAGAAGGAUUUGAACGGCAGGUUCCGGAACAUCAAGCCGAAAUUGGCGAUCAUGAUGAAGGUCUGGCAAAAGCAGAAGUUGAAGAGGAAGUUCAAGUGCGAACUAAACCCCCAAGUGAUGAGGAAUUCGCGAGGAUAAAUCAAGCCCGACAAGAGGCUUCAGAAGAGCCGACCGAGAUUGCAGGGGAACGAAAAACCCUGCCGAUCCACAGAGCACUAGAUGAAGAGGUUCAGGAUGCCGAGACAGGCGAGCUGGGCGAGAAAGAAACUCCUGAAUCGCAUCUAGAAGCAGCUCAGACACCAGACUUAUCGACGAGUACGUCAAGUUCGGUUCAGCAGCUUGGUGCGGGUAAAUCCGAAACUUCUGAAGUCCAACCGGAAGUAAUUUCGGAACAACAGAGGAUUAGAAUCAGUCGAACUGCCGAACAAGGAGUUGUCGAAGAAGACGAAGGUGAAAAGGCCGGUAGAAACGUUGAAGAAAGCCAUAUCAAGCCGGACGAAGAGGAACACAGCUACGGAAAAGCGGCAGCAGCCGCUGCUUUGGCUGCCGCUGGCGGAUUCGCCGCCGCUGUGGCCUCUUCUCUCCAUGAUGACAAAGAAUACGAAUCAAGGAGUCCCACAGAACACACUGUGCCUUCGGACGCGCCUUCCGAAUCGGAUAAGUCACCGGUUUCUCCAAGCGAGCGUGAGGUGGCUGCUGAGCAAUCCGGACGAACCGGCGACCGUUGCGAAGAGGAUUUACUCGCGCAGACACCUUCAGAAUCGUCGGAGGACCAUUUCACGGCGGAAGGACCGCGGUCCACGAGAAGCAUCCCCAUUCAUCAUACAGCUCAAGGAGAAGUUGUUGAGGGCCAAAUAUCGGAAACUCAUGGAUUCAAAGGCCCGGAAUUGUCUCCCCAUGAAGAGGAGUAUGAUACGGAACGAGCUCAUAAGACGGAAUCUGAAGCUGUGGAUCAAACAAAAGCCCAUGAACCAGCUGAAGCGCUGGCUACACCAUCCGACAGCGCCAGAUCUCAGGAGCCAUCGCCGAUUGAUGUCUCGACCCCAGAAUCAGCUCAAGAAAAGGCUUUGGAAUCUGAACCCCUGUCUCCACGAGGUGCGUCUCCUCAUCAAGCUGAGGAAGAGCUGGAAAAAGAGAUUUUGAAACGAGAGAUUGAGCCAGUUGGAGACCUUGAGAAAGAAUUGGGUACCACGGAGACCGUAGAGCCUGUCGGAACAGAAAAGGAAAUUAGUCCUGAUGAAAGUACAAGACAAUUCCUCGAUCAACCAAGUGAAUUGGAGGCUGAGGACGUCAGGAAAGCGGUCGCACAUGAACAAGAAGUUCAACAACAACAUGAACAAACUCCAGAGGAAGAAGAUAAAGCUAAGAGAAAAGAAAGCAGUCCUGACGAAAGCACAAGAAAAUUCCUCGAUCAGCCAAGUGAAUUGGAGGCUGAGGAUGUCAGAGAAGCGACUAGACAUGAACAAGAAGCUCAACAACAUGAACAAACUCCAGAGGAAGAAGAUGAAGCCAAGAAAAUGGGUCUUGGCACAAUGAUCGCUGGCGCAGCUCUCCUUGGAGGAAAGGCGCUCUACGACAAGCUUAAAGGAGACAAAGAUCAAGGAGAAGGAUAUGAUGGGCACGACUCUGGUGAUGACCAAAAACCAGAAGGAGGUGCCGGAAAAAUUGUCUCGGAAUCCUAUGAGUACAGCUAUACCGACGAUGGAAGUGGAAAGCCCAAAGAAGAGUUUGAACAUCACAUUGUAGCCCAGGAUGAUCAGGGCCGACUUGUUGAAGAGGUUGAACAUAGAGAGCCUGAAGUUGAAUAUCGAUCAGUUGGAGAUUCCGCCGAGCAAAGUCCAGCCUCAGUGCGAAAACAGGUCGUACAAACUCCAGAGAGUCAAGGUGAAGUCUCAGAGGCCGAGCCUAGUAGCCAGCCUCAAGCUGAAGCGCCAUCUCCAGUCGCAGAGCAACUGGAAACUCCAGAAAAACCCUUGGAGAUCUCCUCAUCGGCUGCUUCAAUCUCCGAGGAAGGCCCGAAAUCUCCGCCAGCGACUCCAACUAAAGUCGUUCAUGUCCAUGAACAUUACCACGAACAAAUCACUGAUAAAGACGGAAAUCUCGUUGAUGAUGUAACUUUUGAGUCAAAUUACGACACAAGAGAACCUUCUGAGACUUCACAAAGACAGUCGCCUCUUCUGGAUGAGAGAAAAGUCAGUCUAGCCGCGGUGGGACACGACGUCAAGGCCGAGCCGGUCAGCCACUUCGAAGAGCAGACAAUUCACAUUGAUCCUAGCGUCUUACCACCUUCUGGAACUCAGACUUUCCACGAGGAACGAGUCGAGACAACCGAAGACUUGAGGAGAAAGUCGAUUAAAGAGGACUUGGACAUUCAUGUUGUCCCCAAAGAUGAUCAACAUUAUCAGAUGCACAUUCAUGAAGAACGAGUUGAACGUGAAGACGAUCAGCCUGAGAAAGUUUUGAUUGAGCGAGACUAUGAUAUCGAAGCGCCCAGUGGGACAGAGAUUACAUUGCCGGAGGCAGAUCAACCGGUCGAGAAUAUCCGAGAAGAAGUCAAGGAAGGAUUUGUGAGUGGUCAACCCGAAUCCGAUGUAACCGAGAGCCAUUAUAAAGUCCACGAGGAGCGGCAUGAGCAAGUCUUGGAUGCUGACGGACAUGUUAUUAAAGAUACGACAGUGGUGAAAGAUUACGAUGACGAAAAUCCCGAGCCGAUUGAAGAAGUCCAUGAAGCCGAGAAGGAGUUUGUUUCGGAACUUGAACGAAGACUUUCAGCUGCUUCAAGUGCUAGAGGAGAUACUCAACCAGCUGAGCAGCAACAAGAGGCCGUUGAAAUUGCAGAAACUCCGGUUUCGGAGAAGGAAUUCACAGCCGAAGGGCCAAGAUCAACAAAAGAUAUUGACGUUUACUCCGCCGAAUCGACUGGACUUGCCUCUCCGGAAGCUCAGAAGACCUCAGAAUUUCAGCAGAAAUCAGGCGCCGGAUCCACAGAAGGAUCCAUAGCUUUGGCACAAGAUACAGGGGAAGCCAGAGAUCGCGAGUUCCUUGAGGAGCUAGAACAAGAACAAAAAGAGCACGAACAACAUCAAAGAGAGGUGGCUGAAGAGCAGAAACAAACUGUGAAAUCAGAGACUGAGCCAGUUGGUGAUCUAGAAAAAGAGUUGAGGGUCACCGAGUCCGUUGAGCCUGUGGGAAGAGUCUCGAUUUCGAAACGAGAGAUUGAACCAGUUGGAGAUCUUGAGAAGGAGUUGCGCACUACAGAGUCGGUAGAGCCUGUCGGAACAGGAAAGGAAAUUAGUCCGGAUGAAAGUACAAGACAAUUCCUCGAUCAACCAAGUGAAUUGGAGGCUGAGGAUGUCAGGCAAGCGGUAGCACAUGAACAAGAAGCUCAACAACCACAUAAACACGCUCAUGAAGAAUCUGAAGCCAAGAGAAAAGAAAGCAGUCCGGACGAAAGUGCCAGAAAAUUCCUUGAUCAGCCAAGUGAACUGGAGACUGAGGAUGUCAGAGAAGCGACAAGACAUGAACAAGAAGUUCAACAACAUGAACAAACUCCAGAGGAAGAAGAUCAAGCCAAGAAAAUGGGUAUUGGUACGAUGAUCGCUGGCGCAGCUCUCCUUGGAGGAAAGGCGCUCUACGACAAGCUAAAAGGAGACAAAGAUCAAGGGGAAGGAUAUGAUGGGCACGACUCUGAUGAUGACCAAAAACCAGAAGGAGGUGCCGGAAAAAUUGUCUCGGAGUCCUAUGAGUACAGUUAUACUGAUGAUGGAAGUGGAAAGCCAAAAGAAGAGUUUGAACAUCACAUUGUAGCCCAGGAUGAUCAUGGCCGACUUGUUGAAGAGGUUGAACACGAGCCGGAAGUUGAAUAUCGCUCUGUUGGAGAUUCCGCCAAACAAAGUCCAGCUUCAGUGCGGAAACAGAUCGUAGAAACUCCGGAGAGCCAAGGAGAAGUCUCAGAGGCCGAGCCAGCUCGCAAAGUCUCCGAAGAUCUUCAUUUCGAAGCCACUCAGCAAAAAGAAACUCCAGACUUUGAGGUCGCCCAAGUCGAAGAGCCUACUACAACCUCCGACACAAUUGUUGAGAGUCAAGGCAACUAUGACAUUGCUGGUGGAGCGUUGGAAAGUCCUCAAGCGCCGGCUGAAAUCUCAGAGCCAUCUCCAGCCGGAGGUAUUUCUGCUGAAUCUGUGGUACAUGGAACUCCUGAAACCCCGGAACAUCAUGUUGAAAAGCAUGGAGAAGACGGAGAAAAACUUCCAGAAAGAUUUUCACCCACAGAGGAUGAUAUUCGCGUCUCGCCAAGCCAAGAGACACCUCAAGAACAUCGUCAUGUCGUCACAAAAGACACUUAUGAAUACUCGUACACCAGCGAUGGUGAACAUCAACCUCAUACCGAGGUCACUCACAUAACUUCCACUCAGAAAGACGAUGGGCCUGUUGUCGAACACGAAAAGCACUAUGAUAUCCCAGGAGAUGCUGUGCAAAGUCCCGGAGAACCAGUGGUUUUGGAGAGAAAGUACUCUGUAGAACAUUUUGAUGAGCCUUCAAGUCAUUCUGCCGAUAAACAGGACGUUGCUGGUAGCCCUGAGCAGACCUCAUCUCCGUUUGAGGUCAUCGACCAGCCCAGUCCAGUGAGCGAUCAGAUCCAUCAUGAGCCACAUCAUACGGUAAUGACGGACUCGUACGAGUACAGUUAUACCAGCGAUGGGGUUCAUGAACCACAUGUGGAAGUGACUCAUAAAACCAUAACCCAAGAAGACGAGGGACCGGUUGUCGAACACGAGGAACACUAUGACUUGAGCGGGAAGGAGUCAAUUGGAAGCCCAAAUAAACCGCUUGAAAGCCCCGCUGUUCAAGAGAUCCCUCAGUCGGCCAGAUCCGAGGAUUUGUCAAGGAAAUCCGACACUUACAGCGUUCAAACCGGCGAGGCCGAACCGGAAUCCGAAUACCAAGUCGAGGAAAUCCCCGAAGAUCAAAGUUUGAAGUCCGACUUUAGCCCCGAAGCCCUUCAGAAACAAGAGUCGCCCAGAGACGGACAUGAAAAAGUGAUUGGACAUCAUUUCGGAUCCACCGAGGAACUUCCGCAGACUGUGGAGGAACUUGAGCGAAGAGAGCGACAUCCCUCACCGCUGCCUGAAGAGUCAGAGAUUCCCGACAGACCUGCGGUUCCAACUGAAGCUUCGGUUGAAGUUAUUGGCACUCCAGCGGAAGAACAAGACUUCACUGCGGAGGGGCCAAGAUCACGAAGAGAUAUUGAUGUCUAUGGAGCGGAAUCUAGUGGAAUAGAGUCAGCAGAAGCUCAGAAAACAUCCGAUCUUCAAAGAACGGAGGGUGAGGAGCGCCAUCGAGGCUAUGAACCUAUUGCGCAAGAUGAAGAGUCCCCAGAAGGAGAGGAUCAAGGAGAUAAGGCCAAGAAAAUGGGCCUAGGAACAAUGAUCGCCGGAGCGGCUUAUCUUGGAGGAAAGGCUAUCUACGACAAGCUGAAAGGAGAUAAACAGGGCUAUGAGCAAGUCCCUGCCGAAGACUUUGAGCCCACAGAGGGUGACACUGUAGAAAGUUAUCGUCAUGUUGGGGAUAGUGCAAAGACCAGCCCAGAAUUGACCAGAAAAGAGCAUAGAACCGUUCACGAGUUUGAUGAUGACUUUGAACGUCCAGCGGUUGAUGAACACGCGUUGAGAGAUAAGCUAGAUAAAGAAGCUGAUGAAAAACAACGCCAAGGAGUCCAAGAGGUCCCAGAAACUCAAGGAAGUCAAGAAUUCAUUGAGGGAUUGCCGGCGCCCCCUGAAGAGCCGAAAGAGACAGUCUACAUUCAUGAAGAACGUCAUGAAACGGUCAUCGGACCAGAUGGGCAUGUUCUGAAGGACAUCAUCGAAACCCGAGAUUAUGAUACGGCACAUCCAGAGGUAUAUGAGACCAGAAAAACUUCGAUUGGAGAGGAGGAGCGAAGAACAUCAUAUAGCGACGCCAGCAGAGAAAUUGAAAUUUCGCCGGAGGAUUUGCCAACCACUGAAGAGCCCAAAGAAGUUCAUGUUCAUGAGCAGCACACUGAGUGGAGUCAAGACGAAUUCGGCCAUCCCAGAGAAGUCGAGAUUGUCGAAGACUUUGACAUCACCGAGAAAACCUCUGAUGAUCAUGUACCCGUCCAAGGGGAGCAUGAAAUUCAUGUUCACGAAAAGCGCGUCGAACAUGUUGUUGGCUUCGGCGGAGAGGACAGAGAGAUCACCACAACCAGAGAGUAUGAUCUGCAUGUCCCUGAGGGAGCCGAGGAGGUUCAUUUGCCGGAUGCAAGUGAGCCAAUUGAUCAGGUCAUCGCCAGCGGAGACGAGCCGGUUCACUAUCAUGUUCACGAAGAGAGAGAUGAAAAGGUCUUGGACAAGGAAGGCCAUGUGUUGAGCGACGUCAAAUACGUCAAAGACUUUGAUGACGAACAUCCGGAAGACAAUGUUUAUGAGCUGAAGAGCGCCGAGAUCAGAGGAGAGUCGCGCUUGCCAGGAGAUGAACAUCAAGUUCGACAAGCUGAAGAAGGCCAACUGGGCGACGUCCAAGAGAGCUCAGAGGAGUUGGAGAACAUCAGCAAUGCUAGCGUCAAAGAUCUCGAUAUUGGAGAUGGUCAUCCAUAUCAUGAGGCUAGAACUGCCGACGUUUUUGAGCAACAACCAAUUGAAGGGCUAACAAUUACUGAGAGGGUCCCGAUCAACCGCUCACCGGCGUCGGAUAUUGUCGAAAGUGAGGCCAUGUCCACAGAACACUUGGACAUUUCUCAACAGCCGAUCAGAGAGAAUGUUGAUGCUCAAGAAGUUGAAGAGGGUCAGAAAAUUGGCCCGGCGACAAUGUUGGCUGGUGCGGCGGCUUAUGGCGCAAUGAAAUUGGCCGAGAAAUUGAGAGGAACGGGAGAUGAGCAAGCCGAAGAAGAAGAGUAUCCAGAAGCUUAUCGACGAAGGUCCGAGACCUCUCCUGUCGGCGAUAUUGAUAAAGAAACCGCCCCAAGCGAAGACCCAACACACCAAGCCGAGCCUGUUGGCAGCUAUGACGAGUCCAGUCCAUGUCAAUCAACAAAAGAUUACGUGACAAGAGAUUUGGAGGACUACGAACUUGCGGCUUUGCAGAGCCAAGAACAGGCCAGUCCAGUUGAUGAACAACAUGAGCAGCAUGUCACUGAGCCUUCAGAAAGCCAAAGAAAAACUGAUAUUGAAGAAAAAGAGGAGUCCGAGCAAAAGCUUGUUGAUGAAAUUGACAAUGAACCCGUCGAACUGGUUGAUGAUCGACCUUAUCACAGCUCCACCGAAGAAAUCCGCCCAAGACCUCAUGACCUCGGAAUCGACGCCCAAGACAAUCUGGACCUUCAAUCGCCAGUGUCCAUAGCCACAGUGCGACGAGAGGACACGGACGAGAAUUUGGAUAUCAUGCAGGAAAGCAUCUACAUUCCCGCUGAUACUCCGCAAUCUGAGAGCCGGACUCCGAAAACCGACUACAGCUACGAUAUUGAGCAGACGCCGGAGUUCGCUAGCGAAAAGUACGAAGGUCAUGAUGAGGAGAAGGACCCAAUGCAACAGUCCAUUUAUAUUCAUCAUGACGAAGAAGGAGAUCAACAGCAAGCCUACGAAGAGGGUGAACGGAGUGGUCGGGAUGUUAUGGAACAAAGUGUUCAUGAACUUUAUGGUGAGUGAAUUAUAGGGGCUAUAUACGCCAUUUUUUAAGCAAAAAGAUUAACAGUUACUCUGCGAUUUUCUUUCGUAUAAAAUGUCCCCGUUUCAGACCAACGCAAACCACCCUCCGAACUCGUUGAAUCCGAGUCCAUUGAGCAAGAGGAAGAGUACUAUCCAGACGAGCAGCAUCAUCGCUCCGAAGACAUCCACUCGGAAACCACUCCUGUUGGAGACCUCGAUCGUGAGACCCAUGUCUCCGGCGACAUUCAGCUGGAAACCGAGCCAGUCGGCGACGUUGAACAGCAAACCACUCCAAGCGCGCCUUCCUGGAAGGAAGCGGAACCAGUUGGCAACAUUGCCAAAGAAGUCGCUACAAGUGUUGAUGCCAGGCAAGAGGCAGAGCCGGUGGUUAGUCAUCAGGAACUUGAAGGGGACUUGGAGGAUGUCGUGGACACAGAAAGCAUCGAAGGAGUCGACAAAAAGCAAGAAAAAGUUGGAAAGGAAGAGAAGAAAAGCGAAGAAGAUGAUCAAGAGGUGGUUGAGAGCGAGUCAAUCGAUGAAGAAAAAGCGCAAAAGAUUGGUCUUGGCACAAUGAUUGCAGGAGCUGCGUAUCUCGGAGGAAAAGCUCUGUAUGACAAGCUGAAAGGAGACAAAAAAGAGGGAGAGGAUACCAUAGACUCUUCAGAGAUCGUUGAGUCCCCAGAAGACCUCCAAAGCCCUCUCCGAAAAGACUCCAAGGACGAAUUUGAGAGAAAAUCUGAGAUUUCACGGGAAAGCUCGCAAGUCCUCUCAAGUGACAGCCAAAUCACCGCGCUCCAUGUGAGCGAAACAGAUGGUCUUGUUGAAUCCGAAUCCCUGGACGUUGAGACUCCCGAAGAAAUGGGAAGUUUGUCACCGAAGAGGAGAUCCUUCGAAGAGGAUAAAGAACCGUUGGUGCGCUCCGAAACUGUAGAACAUGAAGCCCCGGAGUUGCCAGAGACUCCAACUCCAGCGAAGCGAGAAGUUGAGUGGCCAAAGAAGACGGCUGAAGAAGAGCAACGUCAGCUUCCAACAGCUCCAUCUGAAACACCGUCUGAAGCCGAAGGAGAGCUUGUGGAAUCAGAAUCUAUUGAUCAUCCCAGCGCUGAAGGCUUGGAAUCGCCGAAGAGCUCAAGAUUUGAAGAAUCGGGUGGCUUGGUUCACUCAGAAACUAUUGAUGAAUCCACCGUACUCCAAGACACCCCAACCUCACCGAUCCACAAAGAGCCAAUUUCUCCGGAAAAAGUCGGAGAGGCUUUUGGAGUUCAUGAACUCAAAGAAGAAGAAGGCCACUUUGAACCCGACGUACAUUCGCCUGACCUUGUGGAAAGCGAAGAGAUACAACACCAUCUUCAAGAACAUCACGAUCUCCCCAAAGUUCUCGACUAUACUGUCCCACGAGAUCAAGAGGGACAUCCAGAAGAGACUGGAGGAGAAGUUGAGCUCCACGAACCGGCUCCAUCUCAUAAAGAGCCAAUUUCUCCUGGCAAAGUCGGAGAGGCUUUCGGAGUUCAUGAGCUCAAAGAAGAAGAGGAACGAUUCGAGCCGAAUGCCCAUUCCCCCGAACUUGUUGAGUCCGAAGAAAUUCAACAUCAUCUUCAAGAACAUCAUGAUCUGCCUAAAGUCAUCGAUUUUACAGUGCCUCGAGAUCAAGAAGGUCAUCCACAGGAAGGUUUUGGAAGCGAGACAGACACACACGAGGUUGAUCGUCAAGCCUUGGUCGAGUCGGAGAGCAUUGAUCUUGGGGCUGAAGAGCCUCCAGCUUCGCCGAAGUUGAGCCCACAGAAAACACCGGUCGAUAUUAUCUCACCGGACGAAGAACCAAGUGUUGAGGAGAAAAUCCGUUUCUUAAAAGAGGAUGAAGAGCCCGAGACUACCACUGGAACCACUGAAUAUCAAGACCAGUUCAGGCGAAUUGACGAGGAACAUUUGGUGGAGAGUGAAGGUAUUGAACAAAGCGAAAGCCAACCUGGUCAAAUCACCAGUGAGAAAGAAUAUCUAGCGCAAAAACAGGACUCGGAAGAAGAUUUAGAAAGUCCAGAAGCCUAUGAACGCCCAGUGGUGUCUGCCGAAGACCAAGAACAUCAUGGGUUGGUCGAAUCUGAAUCGAUUGAGCAUCCAGAAGAACCCUCAAGUGUAAUGUCGGAAAGUGUCUAUGAAAAAGAGAGCCCAACCAAGGAAUCUCCAACAAAACAAGAAGCUGUUGAGAGCAAAGACACUCGCCGAUCAUUUGAUGGUACUCCAACGACGCCAAUUCGAAAACAAUCGGAUCUUAUCUUAUCCUUGGACACUCUUCAACAAGACAUUCAACGGCAGUUCAGUCAAGAGAGUGCCGGAGGCCAUGAACUCGUCCAACCAGUCCAAGAGCAUGAAGAGCCUAAAAUUGAAUCUCCGAAAGACAAAAAAGACGAGUUUGGCCUUACAGAGGAAGAACAAGUUGAGAUGAGCGCAUUGGCCAAGGCCAUUAUAACAUCAGAUGUUCCGGAGGAUAUCAGAGUCAAGGACGAGCCCAAGCACGAUGAGAAAGUCGAGUAUGAAGGCGAGGAUGUCGUAGAGUCAGCUCACAUUCAUACGUUACCCGACGAACAUCACUUUGAGCCCUCCGGCGAUAUUCACUUCAUCCACAGAGAGGAGCAUAGAGAAGGUUUGGGGAGCCAUGAACAACUUGUUGAAAGUCAAGAAGCCGCCCAAGGUGGUCUAGAAGGUCAACAAACCCACAAAGAUGAGCUGAGCAAAUCUGUGACAUCUGCAGAGCAAAGGGAAUCGCCUCAGGCCGCGGAAGAGCCCUAUGACUUUGAUGAUGUGGAAAUUGUUGAGUCGACCGACUUGGACUUUGAAAAACACGAUGAAUCAGCUCGUCAACCGGCCGAAGAGAUUUAUCAUGAAGAAGAAGAGGAACAACACGAAGCGGAAAGCCCGAAACGUCAAGAGGAAGAUGACUUUGAUAUCAUUCAACACGACGAUAUCAUUGACAUCCAAAUGACUGAAGAGGAGAUCGCAAAAAGCGAAGCCAUAAGAGCCAAAGACGCGAAGGCUCAUUCAUUCUCGCCUCGAUUAAGAGGCGCUGAAUCUCCCACCUCAACGCCGCUUCAGGACAGCGAACUCGGCCUUGGAGUCGAGGAGUCGGAGCUGACGCAUAAAUUGGAAGAUUUAGAACGACCUGAUCUGCGGAAAGUGCGGGAUAUUGAAUUUGAACGGACCGAUUCGGCGGGCUCAAUUCUAAAAGACCGCGAGUUGACCAAAGAAGACUUUGGUGGCCAUAUGCCCGAUUUAAGCAAGGAUUCUGAAUCCGAAGAUGAGAAGCCAACGGUAGAACGGUUCGAUCAAGGAGUUGAGAUAAAAAUCGAGUCCGAACUUGACGAAAAACACGUUGAUUUUGAUCUCGUUGAAAAAGAAGGAGCUCUAGCGCCAGCCGAGCCAAUCGGCCGUCCUCAAAGCCCAAUCCCACCAAGAACCCAGAGUGUGGAGCAGUCGGAAGCCAGUCCGGCGGGGACUUCCAAGACUCCCGAGAGCACACGAGCAAUUGAAUCCGUGGCUGAAGAGGAGGUUGGCUAUGACGGCCAACUUGAAGCCGAUCAAAACGAAGAGGCCUACGAUUUGGCGGCGAAGAAGAUGGAAGCCGAUGCUAAGGCCGAGAUCUCGCCUUCAAAUGAUUCGGGAAGCAGCAACGCCUCAUCGACGGUCUUCGUGCGGAAGGAAAUCAACCCGGACGUCAAAAUGAAAGACUCUGAUGAUGGAUCUCAAUCGUCGUUGUUGGAAUUCGAACGUCUGGAGCAAGAAGUUGUGGGAAAACAGACUUCCCCCGGCCAAAGCGACAACGAACAGAUGGUGGCGUCCGCCACAGGCUCAGUGAACUCUUUGCUGGAAUUUGAGAAUAUCGAGAGGGAGGUGCUGGAAGAUCAGAUCAACCAAGAGGCCAUUGGACAAGCCAUCGGCCCAGAGGUCAUGAUCUUGAGCGAUAUUCGAGAGGAGUCGGAAGUGGAGGAGAUGAGCAUCAAGGGAGAUGACGAGGACUCGUUGAACGAAGCGCAGGUGAGAUUUUUGGAGGGUCUUGCGCAAAAUACAAAGGAAUACAUAUAGUAGGAACUAGAAACUAGCUUUUGUCACCGUUCAAAUACUUCUAUAAGAUUUCUAAAUUAUGCUCUUAAGGAUUUUAAAAUUUUCUCCAUUACUAAUCAAGUACAAUAUAAAAUCUUUUCAAAAAUUGGGUUUCUAGAUAAUUGCUGAAGCCAUGAUCACGUCAGCUGACUCUCUUGAGCCCUCUGGUGGAAUGCCUGUCUUGAAUCGGAUGGAAACAUCAAUAGAUUCGCUGGAACCCCAGUUCUCGGGAUCCCGACAACACCAUGAUGACUCUUUGCUGGAUGAAGGCACCUCCGGAGUCCAAAGUCAAGAUACGCAAGCUGGAAUGAGUGCGGAUACAGCUGGGACCUUCCAGGUGAGGAAUUGAGAUCUUUAUUUUCUUUUUUUUUUAUUUUUUUUUAUAUUACAGUAGGCAAUGUAUGCCAAAAAAAAAAAAAACAAGAAUUUUAUAUAAACCUUUGACAAUUUUUUUAGGAAUACCACGACGAUGACAGAGACUCACUGGAUGGCGCUUUGGAUGAUUACGAGACAAUCACCACCUUCCAGACAACGCAAGAAAAACCCGAUGGAACCACCGAGACGAUCAUUCGGAAAGUUCGCACCAGAACGAAUGACCCGGUCCAUUCCCAUGUCCGAUUUACCGGGACAGAAAGCGAAGACCGAUUGAGGAAUAUUGAGCCAGAGCAAGAGAUUGAAUCCGUCGAUGAGGAGGGGAAUAUCACAAAGACUAUCAGAAGAACAUUACAUUAA